GUCUGUUGAGUCAAUCAGAUUUAAGAUUAACUGUUGAAUGUUAUGUUUGAAGAUAUUCAAUUUUAAAAAUCAGGACGUAUUUCACUUGGUUUUCAUUUGAAUUUGAUAUAAGAUUACAAAGAUAGAAUAAACUCAUCCUCUUUCCAUUAUCACAAAAUAGAAAAAUGGUAUAUAGACAAAGUGUUCCAUUCAACCAAAAUGUAGGGCCUCAAGGUAAUAUUAUGGUUAGAAAAAAUAAUUUUAACUCCCAUUCUCCAUCGCAGUCAUUACCUGGCUCUGAAAAAUAUUGGUGUGAAACAUGUGAUAAGGGUUUUAUGACGAGGAAUCAUCUUAACUAUCACAAACAGCGUCAUCAAAAAUGCAACAUAGACGGAUGUCAAUUUGUAGCACACCCACAAGUAAUUACAAAACACAUUCAAAUGCAACAUGCUACAGGUUUAUAUAAAAGAAUUGGAAAACUGAACAAUCCAGAAGAGAUUAAAAAAUGGAGAGAAGAAAGAAAAAGGAAGUAUCCUACAAAAGAAAAUAUAGAGAAAAGACAAGCUGAAAUUAAAGAAAAAAUAAAAAGAGGGGAAAAAAUGGGAUUAAAACGUAGCAACCAUGGACUUAACAAUAUCAAAUCUGGAUUCAACAAUAAAAAACAGCAAUACAUGACUCGUGAAAAAUAUAUGAAAACAUUUAAUGACAGAAAAAUUACACCACAAGUGCCCAACAAAAAGAGAACAGUAAAAAAAAUUGUGCAUAAAGUAAUUCCUCCUAAAGAAGAAACCAGGAAAAUACAACCAUUCAGAGGCAUUCAAGAUAUAGUAGCUGAUGAUGUUGUAGAAGAGGAAAUGCCAGAGGUUAGCAAUAAUAUAAUAGAAGAUGAAGAUGUGACUGAUGCAGAAUUAGUUGAUAAAACCAUUACAAAACCAACUCUCUGUGGAGCUUUAACAUCAUUGAUAAGUAAUUAUGAGUCCAGUGAUGAAGACACUGAAGUAGACACAAUAACUAAACCUACGACAAAUAUAAAUAAUUUGAACACAGCACCACAUUCAAAUAUGAAAUAUAAUGACAAAGAUUUUAAUGUUAAUAAAGAACCUAUUCCAUUGAUAAAUGAAAAUAGGUCAGUUUUAAAGGCUGAUAAUAAUCUAAUUAAUAAUCCUAAUGAAAGUGAAAAUGAGAGUGGACCUGAGGAAACAACAGUUGUCAAGGUAACUAAAAAUGAUGAAACAAAACCUGUUAAACAUGUACCAUCAAAAAAAGAACGCCUUCAAAUGUGUGCUAAAGCUAAAAGUAAGAUUAGACCUGCAAACCUGAGAAGAAAAUUGCCAUCAACGCUUUUAGAAAAAUUAUUGCAUAGAGAAAUACAACAUGAACGAAAUGUUAUUCUUCAGUGUGUAAGAUUUGUGGUAGAAAACAAAUACUUUGACAAAGUGACAGUUUAAUUACUUUUAUGCUCUAAUUGUGUUUGCUGUUACUUAUUAAAAUAUUUUGUUAUACAUAAUAAAUUUGAAACAACUUACCAACGAAAUUUAUUUUUGGUGUGUUUCUUGUUUAAGAAUUAUCAAAGUAUCAAUUUGAAAUGAAUUUUUAAUAUACAAUAGAAGCUAUACUUUAUUUAGGUUCUAAGAUAAAUAUAAAUUAUCUAUAAUUUUGUGUUAAUAUUUCAUGA